UGCAAAAUCACUGGAUGCAUCAGUUGAAAUUACAUCCUUCCGGUGAUCAGUGCGUGAAUGAUGAGGUCUUGUAUAUUUUUAUUGGCGAUUUGCUGCUUUAGUGUUAUAGCCCAGGAGAGUUUCGAAAGCGCAAGUGUUCGGCUCAUUUUGAAAAUUUACGAUGAAUGUGCCAAUGCUGAUGGGUUUUCGCCCUGUCUCAAGAAAAAGGCCGUAACUUUUUUGGAUCGAGUGGCUCGAAUGGAUAAACUGCCCCUGAUGGAGGGCGUCACGUUGGUGAAGGCUGCCGAUGUAAGCCCAACCAUCGAUGUUCCCGUCAUGGAAAACGAAAUUGAGCAAAACCUCCCCAGGUCUCUGGCAGGACAAGACGAAGCCCUGAACAACAUGCUAUCAGAGAAAAUCAACAACUUGCUGGGAUCAAGAACCAUCGAAAUUUCCAUGCCAAAAGUGUCGGAAAUGAUCGAGGAAGGAAGAGGAAAGGGUGGCGGAAACAGCGGCGGUGGCGGCGGUGGUCACGGAGGCGGCGGUGGAAAAAUGAAAAACAUGAUGGGCGGGAUGAUGAUGGCGAUUGCUGCCAAAAUGGCAGCCCUCAUUCCCUUGGCCAUUGCCGGCUUGUUCCUGCUGGCAGGAAAAGCUCUGAUUACAGCUAAGAUUGCUUUGCUCAUUUCGGGAAUAAUCGCUCUGAAGAAGCUCUUUGCCGCCAAGCAAAACGGAGGCGGUGGCGGCGCUCAUACUGUACAUGCUGGUUGGUCAAGUGGCGGUGGAGGCGGCGGAUGGCAACCGUCUGGGGGCGGCUGGGACAAGCGGUCUAUUGAAGAAGCCCAACAGUUAGCGUACAAAGCCUAUGAAAAGCCAUAAGAAUUUUUCUAAAACAGUCUAAAAAAGAAGUAUUUAUUCUCUGUUUAAAGCGAAGACACUGUUCUUCGGGUAAUUUAUAAUAUUUAUUGCGUUUUACAACUAUAAUAGUGCGUAUCGUAUCUACCCACAUGGUUAAUUCUAGUCAAACAUUUCCAGCCGCUUUAAUAAGUUUCAAAGUGGAAUGUUGUAAGAUUUUCAAAUCAUCUGUUGCAUCAAACAACGACGGUUCUAAUGAAUUUUGCAGGAUGCAGCAAAUCACCCCAUUAAAAUUGCAUAGGAUCUCAUCAAUCAUCUGUUUCACACAUUUCCAAUUAAUUAUUAUUUUGUCACUUUUCCAUUGAAUAAAAAUAUUUGUUGUU